AUGAAGUACGCCAGCCCUCAUCCGGAGCCCAUCCUCUUUGGUUUUAUUGGCGGCAGUGGUGUGUAUAAGCUCAAAUGUAUGCAGGAUCCGUACUACUAUGAGAUGGAUACGCCCUUUGGCAAGCCGAGCUGUCCGAUCUGUGUGGCGAAAAUCGAGGGUGUCUGGUGCGCCUUUCUUGCUCGCCACGGCCUCCACCACACUUUUCUUCCCUCUGAGGUGAAUUAUCGCGCGAAUAUCUGCGCGAUGAAGCAACUCGGCGUGCGGUAUAUCACUGCGGUUAACACCGUCGGUUCACUUGACGCGAACUACCGCCCUGGCGAUCUCGCUCUCGUCAGUCAGCUUAUCGACCGCACGGUAAAGCGUGAAUCCACCUUUUUCGGCAAUGGCAUUGUCGCUCACAUCGAAUUUCGCAGCCCGACCUCUGACAUUUUUUCGAAAAUUAUUUACAACUCCAUGAAGACGUGUUUCACGCAGGAUAAGGCUCAAUUUGUCGGCGAUGAUGCGGGAGCGGCGGGGGAAGCCUCGUCCGAAGCCUUCCGCGUGCAUUCCUCGGCCACUUUGGUGGUGAUGGAAGGGCCUGCCUUCAGCACAAAGGCGGAAUCUCUUUUUAACAAACAAUCCGGCGGGAAUCUUAUCGGAAUGACUUCUUUUCCCGAAGCAAAGCUCGCACGGGAGGCGGAGAUCGCGUACAGCAUUGUUGCGAUGGUUACGGAUAUGGAUUCCUGGUAUGACGUCCCGCACGUCGGGUUGGAGGGGAUUAUUAAGGUAAUGGCGGCGAAUACCGAGAAAGCGGAGAGUCUGCCAACGGCGAUUCUUAACGCGAUGGAGGGGAAUCUUUACGACGAUCCCGCGCAUCAUUCGCUUGAGAAUGCCAUUGUCACGGCCCCAGAGCAUCUCAGCAAGGAAACGAAGGAGCGUAUGGCGCCGUUGCUGGCGAAGAAGUACCCCCGGUAUGCUCCGUAAACGCGCUACGCGAUAAUAUAUACUUAUUUUAGUUUACUUUAGUAAAUUAGGAACAAGAAACUUGGAGACUUUAUUAUUAAUAUAUUUGGCAUAUUAAUGAGGAAAAAAAAUCCAAUUUAUUAAUUUAUUAUUGUCUCCUGAGUAUUGAGUAAGCUUUAUUUUCCCUGCAAGGAGAUAUUCAUUCGUUGAAACUACAUAAAAAAACACAACGUUAACUUACUUUAUGUUAAUAUGUGGAUAAUUACUACAUUUAAAAUUCCGAUUCUUGUCUUCAUUCUCUGUUUAAGCCAGAACUUCAUUUUGUGCUUGAUAUUUGGUAAGCAUCCUUUUCCCCAUUAUUUCAAGUGCAAAUGAGCAUUGCUCUUUUUCACUUUUUGACUUAUGUUGAUAUUAUUCUAUUAGCUUAGUUUUGCAUCGUUUUAGUUAUUAGAAAAGUUAAACUCAUUUUAACUUUAUCUACAGUAGUGUAUCCAUGAUGAGUAUACAACCACAGAAUCUCCAUAUAUUAAAGGCACUUGCACAGGUGUAAUACUUGAUCCCCAAACGGUUUAGAUUUUUUCGUCUGGACUUUUCUCCUUGUUCUCCUUUCGCUGAAGAUUUGGAGUUUGAAUCCAGGUAAAUCUAUCCUAGAGACUGUAUGCUGACUGGAUCAUCUUUUAGAAGGCUAUUCUUUUAACUUUGUGUGUGAAGCUCAAAGCAUAUUUUCCGACAUUUGCACAUUCAUUUCCAUUCUUCAAUUAAUAAGAAACUAGGAAGGAUCCGUGUGGAGCGUUGGCCUCUAAGCAAAUGAUUAGAUAUGGCGCCAAUCACCGCACAGGGAAACGCGAUACAGGUGUUUUUUUUUAGUGUUCUAUAGAUCUUUUGAAUCCCAUCCCCUCUUUCUAUACAAAACCACACACAAAAUGAGCGAAAUCCUCCAGGCUAAGGUGAUAUUGAUGCUCAAUUUUAUGCGCACUGCAUUGUUUGCUUCUUUAUAGUAGUUAGCGUUAUUUUUGUAUUGGUGCUACUAAAAUUUUAUCCAAGCUGUUCUCUUCAGGAAUCAACAUCUUUUGAUUUCCGAAAUUUAUUGGUGAAGUUGUGAUGGGUUUGAGCGACUUUUUGACAUAUAUUCGGGUUCAAGUGAAGUAUUUCAUAUAAAUAGCGCAAUAUAUAUAUAUAUAUGUUUCUAAAGUAAUUUACAAUAAAUGACGUUUACUUAGUUUGUGGCACUACGAUACAUAAGUUCAAAGGAGGCGUACCUUUAAGAAAUACUAUCGAUUUGGCGAAACCAUGUUGUUUGAUAGUAAAAUAUAUUCUAAAUAAUUAGCAACAAAAAACGAAUUAUCAUGACCCAAUCCUAUUGAUUACUUCCUUCAUAUACAUAUAUUUUCACACAUAUGCAUAAUAUCAAAUUUUACAAAAUUAUUAAACCAUUUUAUUAUAAUAUUGUUUUUCUAUAAUCACUUCCUUAGGCAUGUAAUUAUUUAUUUGUUUACAUUUAUACCAUUUUUGCACUGGUGAA